CCAAAGAGAGAUACAGAAACAGACAAAGGAGUGUGCGCCAAUGUCGACGUCGGAGACGGUUCCACAGUCACCGGAAUCCGAUAUGACCCAAAUCAGCUUCGACGAAACUGAGCUCACCUUGGGACUUCCCGGAAACAAACUGAACGCCAAGCGUGGCUUCCAUGACACGGUCGAUGGUGGUGUCUGGAGCUCGACAAGUGAACCGAGGGACGGUCGCAACGAGCCAGAACUCGUCUCUUCUGGCGAUGGGCAAAAGCGGGCGGUAAUGGGUUGGCCGCCGGUGAGAUCAUACAGAAGAAAGACAAUAGAAAUGAGGUGCAAGUAUGUCAAAGUUGCGGCUGAUGGGGCGCCGUAUCUGCGUAAGCUCGACCUUGAGAUGUUCAAUGGCUAUCAAGACCUAUUCAUUGCAUUUGAGGAAUUGUUCACCUCCUUUCCCAUAUGUUGUGAUUACUUGGAAGAAGGGAACAAUUUGAACCCAAUGAAGAGAGGGGAUGAAUACUUACCAACUUAUGAAGAUAAAGACGGAGAUUGGAUGUUAGUUGGAGAUGUCCCAUGGAAAUUAUUUAUUGAAUCUUGCAAGCGUAUUCGUUUGAUGAAAGGUUCAGAUACCAUUGGGGCAGCUCCAAGAACACCAUGAAAAGGAGAAAAGGAGAGAUGGGGGAGGAUGCUUUUGGAUGGGCAGCUUUUUUCUUUUUUAAUUUAUUUUUGCAGUCAUGGCAUUGCCUUAAUGUGUUUAGGCCUUAGUUUUGUAUAAUAAAAUGUCGGUUUGGAAAGCAAUACAUACUUAGUCUUGUAUAUAGUU